AUACCUACUGUGUAGGUUGGAGACAAAGAGUGGCAAGAUGGAGGAACAAGAGUAUUCAGGGUCUGGUCCGCGACAUUUGGUCCGCUGUCCCUCCAAGAGCGCUGACAGAUUGUCAGAUAAGUCAAACGUUCCUUGGUUCGUUGAAGGAACAACUCAUGACGUUGUUAUCUGUCGCAGAUCUGAUCGGGCAUCGGGCGGCCGCGUUCUCCCGCGGAUGCACUAGUGCGGAUGCGACCAGGCACGCCCCUGAACGACUUCAUGCUUUGCUUCCAUAUUUGGACCUUGAACUUCUAUCGCCUAGAGAUUUCGUGAACGUAUUUCUUUUUGGGGGGAGCCGUGUCCUACCGUACAGUGCUUACGUUUCCAAUUGUGGUUUUGGUGAUACACCGUAGCAUCAAGCGGCUAACGUUAUUCCAAUCCUCGGUUUGUAUAGAAGGAGAAUAUAUGCUGUUCUGAUGCGAGCG